AUGUUUGUCUGUGACUAUCAUAAAAGGGAGAAGUGGGUGUCUGUGACUGAAAUUCAGUAUUAUGAUGAGCUGGCCACGGUGAAUACCAAAAACAUGAAGCUCAAAGACCAGCAGGAGGGGACAGUAAAGACAUCACCAGCACAGAGCGCGGGCUCGGCAGGCGGCGGGGAGCAGCACCUUGAGCGAGUUCACCUGUCCCACGCCGCCGCCGAGACCUCAACUGCAGCCGCCGGUGGUCCCAGCGCCUUAGCCGGUGUCCCGCCACCACCGCCGCCUCCCUCACGGUCGGGACCCACCACCCGCGCCUCGGCCUCCCAGGCCCAGCGCUCGCCCGCGGGCGCGUCUUGUGCGCGCAUCGCUCGGCCUCCACUUACCCUCGAUCGCCAUGAUGCGCUCGCCAUGGACCGCACCAACAGCGCAGGGAAGCGCAGGGGUGGAGGAGGGUGCGGGAGGACGCGCCUAGGCCUCCGGCGAGAGGGGCGGGGCCGCCCCGGGGCCAGGCUGCGGGGGGGCCUCGGGGGAGCCGGGGCGGGGCGGCGGGGUGGGGUCGGAGCUCCGGAGCAGGCGGCGAGCAGGAAGCGGAACCUUCCGCGGACGCGCACCGUCGGGCACGUGACGCCGCCCCGCCGCCGCCGCCCCCACCCCCCACGCGGGCCCUCCAGGCCCCGCCCCUGCCCGCAACCGUUAACUUGGGCCCUCGACCGUGGGCUUAACCCGCUCCCACCUACCUACCACCACCUCAGGCCCCGCCCCCCCGGAGAGCCCACGACCCCGCCCACCCUGGUCAAGCCCCGCCCACCUCGCGCAGGCCACGCCUCCAGCCCGGCUCUGUCCCGCCCCCAACCCUCCUUGCAAGGGUCUCGGGCAGCGGCUCCCUCGGCGGCCAACCUCCUUGCAUCUCCGCUCGGCGAGCGCCACAGGACGGCUCUCACCUCCGAUCUCCACUUUGGAGUAGAGACGGCUUCUUGGCACAGCAAACCGGAAGGAGGAUCCUCAGGACGGUCUCUGCUCUCUCCCUCCCUCCCUCCCACCCACCCUCUCUGCAGCCUCAUUCCUGAUGAGACUCAACUCAUGGUGUUGGUGGUGGCCCCCCCCUUGGAAGCACACGAGUUGGCAUCUGUGCAUGCAUUCACUGCACGCACACACUGGAAGCCACGCGAAUGUAGGUGUAGGGCAGACACCGUGACAAAGGGCCUGAUGAGCUUGUCCACACAUUUUUUUUUCCAGUUUGCAAGCCCGUGACCACGAAAGCAGGCAAAGGCCAGCCCUGAACAACCAACAGCUAGCUCCCUAAUUUUCACUUCAGCCCCCGCCACUUUGCACGAAUCCCCCCCCCCCCACUUCAUUGGGUACUUUCAGGGCCCGGACAACAAAGCCACGUACAAUAAGGCACAGGGGUUCAGCGAUUCUCCCUGGUGGAGAAAAUGCUCACUCCUAGGGCAGGUGGCUAUAUUCAGGACUGACACAAAGAACAUGUUUUCCACCUAUUAUGUAAGUGGUGUUGGACUGCAAUCUAGAGCAGAAACUGUCUUUCGUGCCUUUUAUAUAACCUCUCCCUCAGUCUGUUUAUGCUCAAUAGACAUUCAUCCUUUAACAUUUUUUACGUUGCUUAUUUGCUGGGGCAGGACAAGCGGGUGGAGGUCAGAGGACAGCUUGCAGAAGUGUGUUCUCGACACCAUACGGGCUCCAGGG